UAAAAAAAAGUGGGAAUGGGUUUGUAGUUGUGAACACGCUCUUCAAAAAUCGAUAUUCAAAUAAUUUUUAUUUUGUAAAUAUUGAAUUAAAUAAAGCUAUGGAAAAGGGUGGCCCUAGAUCCUCAUCGGUUACUCCUUUAGCUGGAAACAAAAGUCAAGAAGCGGUUUCUGAUCUCAAGGCGAAAAUCCCAGAAAUUGACAACAUCUUCAAUGUUCUUGGUCGAAUUGGAAAUGGCACAUUCAGUACAGUGCUUCUUGCAACAUUAAAAAAGGAUCAGAACCAAGUACAUAAACAUCGAAGAAAGUACGCCAUUAAACAUCAUGUGCCCACAAGCCACCCAGACCGAAUUAUCAAAGAGUUAAAGUGCAUGACUGAGAUUGGCGGAAAAGAGAAUGUUGUCGGAAUCUACUGUACUAUCCGGCACAAUGAAUCGGUAGCAUUUGUUAUGCCAUACUUAUCGCAUGAUAGAUUUCACGAUUUCUAUGACAAAAUGCCCUUAGAAGAGAUUCAGUGCUUCAUAAAGAAUCUCCUCAUAGCUUUACGUCGUGUACAUAAAUUUAAUGUCAUCCACAGGGACGUUAAGCCCAGUAAUUUUUUAUAUAACCGCCAUUCCCGCCAAUUUCUAUUAGUCGAUUUCGGAUUAGCUCAAGAAAUCGCACCAAUACCAGUUAAAACUAGUGUCCCAGUUAAAACAAAAAGACGUGAUGCUACGUUAAAUGACGACAAAAUUUCAACUUCGCCAGGCGAGGCAAGCAGUGCAAAACGUCUUCGAUGUUCCGAGCAGACUGAAUCCCCAACCCCAACUACACCAUUCAAAAUGCCCCUAAGACAACUUAACAUCCUGACAACGCCAACAAAGAAUUCGAAUAACGAUGGACAUCUGCAAUCACCCCUCAGUAGGCAAGUUAAGUCCGUUCUUCUGGGGGUAAGCUUAACGGACCGUUUACAACAGAGGCAUAAAAACAAUACCGGACCGCAUAGAGCGGAAAACGUUGUAACACCACCGUCAUUAGCUGAUACCAGCCGCACACCACAAUACAGUACAAAUCGCAAACUGAAUGCCAAGUGUUAUUGCUAUGGAAAACCCCAAAUCUGCAAUAUCUGUUUGAUAAAAAAGGAAGUUCAUGCUUCUCGUGCUGGAACUCCUGGCUACCGCUCACCGGAAGUAUUGAUGAAGUACCCAGAUCAAUCUACUGCAGUUGAUAUUUGGGCAGUAGGUGUAAUUUUACUCUCGAUACUCUCCUCCGUUUAUCCCUUUUUCAAGGCACCCGAUGACUACGUUGCGCUUGCUGAGAUGGUGACUAUUUUCGGCGACAAAGCAAUUCGCAAGACGGCCUUUGCUCUGGGACGUCUUGUAACUCUGAGCCAUUGGACUAAACCUCUGGACUUGCGAAAACUUUGUGUUCGAUUACGUAAUCACAAAAAGCUAAGCUGGGCCUCCGAAUUGGAAACAAAAUACAUGACCGUAGAUGCCAGCACGCCUGAGGUCUGUAAGAAUUGUGAGCAGUUAUAUUACAAUUGCUUAUGCAAAGACUCACCUUAUGAUUCUAAGGAACCUCUAUGUAAUGAUAUUUUUCCGACAAGCGCCUACGAUUUGUUAUACAAAUUGUUAGAACUUAAUCCUUACAAACGUAUUUCAGCGGAGGAAGCAUUGCAGCAUCCUUUCUUUGAAGAAGUCGAUGCUAACCCAAAGUUGAAUUAGACUUUCUGAAGGGUUCAUUUCGAGAAUUGGACCGGCUUUAUUUUAGGAUAAAAGUUCUAAAGCAUGCUCAUAUAUAAUAGUUUUUUUUUCAAUUUAAGAGCGGGCCAACAAAUUCUGGGUGCAUCAAGCAUGCUUAUAGGGCCAUGGGGCCUUAUAAUCCGUACCUUAAUCAUCUUUAGACACUUAGGUUUUUUUAGAUACACUUUGUAUAAUAAAUACAUAUAAGUUUAGUAUAAAAGAUAAAUUUAAGAGAAUAAAAAUGUUGCUAGACAUCAGUAAACCAAAUCAA